AUGUUAGGCGGGCACGACGAUGAAACGACGAUGAUGAUGAGGCUGGUACGACGAGUUGCAGACGAGAGCUGGACGAAUGCUGUUGUGCUGUGGUGCGUAGCGGAUAGAGACUGGGGUAAACCAGUAAACUUUAUCAACACGAACACAAGUUCACAAGGGCUUUGUUGGGGCGACGGGAUUAAGUUGGGCGCUUGCAGCGACAGCCGCUGCGGACAAGGUGUCUAUAACUGGAUUGCAGCACCACACUGCUGCACUGGACCUUUGGACGCCAGACCACGGGAUACGCCGAACGCCGACGAUGAACAUGGAGUACACUUGAUGACAAUAAGGCGAAACAUACACUGA